UCAUUCCCCGAACAUUAUCGCGAGGCGGUCACAGUGACGUCCAUAUGAACUAUACCUGUUCAUUCUAGUCAACGUUGCGCACAUCGUUUUAUUUAACAGAAGUAGUUGGACACAGACGCUGCGAAAUUUGAUUUGGUUUGCUUUAGCUGCUUGGUCUUUGGACUGUGACACUUCUCUUUUUGUUCUCGCCCCGAGCGGGAAUCACAGAGCAGUGAUGUAUAACGGUAUCGGGCUGACCACACCGAGGGGCAGUGGCACUAACGGCUACGUUCAGAGGAACCUGUCCAGUGUACGUGUGAAGAGGACCAGAGAUGAGCGUGGAGGAGAGAGGGACGAGAAGGACAGAGAGAGGCUGGAGAGCCAGCUGAACAGACAGCCUAAUGCCGAGAUCCUGGAGCACCAGAGGAAAAGGCAGCUGGAGGUGAAAUGUGCUGAGCUGCAGGACAUGAUGGAGGAGCAGGGGUACUCAGCAGAGGAGAUCGAGGAGAAGGUCAACACAUUUCGUAUGAUGUUGCAAGAAAGAGAAGAACCUGCACCUGCAGCAACGGAAAGGGCAGCUGUAACUGAGACUCAUGCUCUGGCAGCUGCUAACCAGCAAAAGAAUGACCGCUUGAAAGAGGCAUUCGGCAUCAGCUCCGACUAUGUUGAUGGCUCAUCUUUUCAUCCUGAACGGAAGGAGCGAGAGAAAGAGAAGAGAGAGCAGGAGAGACUGGAAAGAGAAAAGCAACAGCAGCAGAAAUAUCAGAUAAUCAAGUCUGAUAAUUCAGAUUCAUCCCCUGAUCGAAAAAAGAGCCGGAAGAAGAAGAGGAAGAAAAACAAAAGCAGAGACAGCUCUGAGAGCCCCUCACCCUCCCCUCAACGGGAAAAGAAAAAAGACAAGAAGAAGAAAAAGAAAAGGGAGGAGUCCGUGAAGAGUGACACUGAGAGCAGUUCAUCAGAUGACAAAGAAACCUCCAGAAGAAAAAGGAAACAAAGUGAAAAUGAGACACCACCUCCCAGUAAGAGCCGCAAGCGUCAGAGUGCCUCCUCCAGCCCAGCUCGCAGUCGAUCCCCUCAGAGACGGCAGCAGCAGCCGAAUAAAUCAGACUCUCGUGCAGAGGAGGGAAGGAGAGGAAGAUCCCCAGACAGAAGGUGGCGUGACCACAGUGAGGAACAUCCAAAAAGGAUAGAAGUAAGAGAGAAGUCGCCAAGACGCUCAAGAACCCCUGACCACAACAAAAGAGACAAAGAUAGAGAACGUGAGCGACAGCAAGUACAAGAAAAAUCUCAGAAGAAACGACAUGACUCUUCGUCUCCAUCGUCACCACGAAAACAGCAGAGGAACAGAGGACAACGGGGUGAAGAUAUUGAGAAACCUCCUCAAACAAGACUGCACGAUUCCUCAUCUUCGUCUCCACCGCGGAAACAGCAGCGUGACAAACGACAACAGAGCGAGGAGAGAGAGAAACCCUCUCAAAGGAAAAGACACGACUCUUCAUCUCGAUCUCCAUCUCCUAAGCAGCAGAGAGACAUGAGGCGACGAAGCGUGGAUGAGAGGAGAAAACCCAUAGGUCAAAAAAGACAAGACUCAUCCAAAUCCCGGUCUCCCUCUCCACAGAAAAACAGGACAAGAAGAGGACGCAGUGGAGAGAAAGAGACAGCAGCUUCUUCGCGGGUUCUCGCAGACAGAUCAAGAGAGAGAAUGAGGAAUAAUGAUAGAGAUACUUUCUCAUCUAGUAGAAAGGGCGAUCAAGGACGUGAGAGGAACCGAUCUGGUGACUCCAACUCUCCUGCCAAACGUUCACCUUACUCCAAUGGUAGACAAAAAGAACAAGAUCACGAACGAGAGAAACAACGAGAAGAACAGAGAGAAAAGGAACGAAGAAUGCAGGAGGAGAUGAAGGAAGAAGCUAGGAAAAAAGGCAGGGAGAGUGAAAGGGAAAAAGAGAGGAAUCGUCAUAGUGAUACCAAGAUAGAGGAGGUGGCCAGGAAGUCUAUCUCCAGCAGUCAGCCUGAAGACCGACGAGGUGCCAGAGGAAGUGAGACAGAGGUACAAGAGAGAGAGAAAAAAGACAGGAAAAUGGAGGAGGACAGAAGGCAAGUAAGAGCUCAGGAGCGGAGGAGUCCUCAGGAUAGGGAUCAUGAUCAAAAAAAGGAGAAACGGGUGGAAAAGGAAAAGCCUGGGAAGAAAGAAAAGGCUAAAGCUGUUAGCAGUAGCAGCAGCAGCAGUGGCAGCAGUAGUAGUAGUAGCAGCAGCAGCAGCAGCAGUGAUAGUGACAGUGACAGCUCAUCAUCAUCCUCCUCCUCUUCAUCAUCAUCUUCGUCUUCUGAUGAUGAGAAAAAGAAAAGUUCAAAAGAUAACACUGGUGCUGGUAAAUCAGUGCCUCAUGCUGUCAUUGCUCAAGCUAUUGCACGUCGAGAAAAGGAGAACAGAGGAAGGGAUGUAGAGAGUGAUGACGCCAGGAGAUCACACCCUCCCAUACAAAGACAAAACUCGCCUCCUGAACCAAUGAGAAAAGAUGAUGUAGAUAAGCGAAAUAGGGACGUGGACAGAGACAGGAGGCCUGCGCACUCCCCUCCUCCAUCCACAGGACCUCAAAGGACCAUCCAGUCAGAAAAAGACAGGGAGCGUGGAAAAGAAAGGUACACUCCUACCGAAAGCUCUAGCCCACCUCCUUCACCCCCUCAGAGAGGUAGAGAAAGAGGAGCCCAGGGUGGAGGCAGGUACACACCUACAGAAGAGACAUCUCAAAUUAAAGAACCCGAAAGGCCAAGAGAUAGAGGUAGUGAGCGGUAUAGCCCAUCAGACCUGGAACGAGAAACUACACGCUUCUCUCCUGCCAGAGGAAGGGAUCGACCGAGUGAUCGAAAUACAGAGGUCUCACAGGUAAGGGUAUCUCGUCCCUCACCGAAGCGUACUCCACCGCGACAGUACCAGGAUCUGCCGCGCUCCCGUUCUCCCAGCCCAAGGCGAGGAAUGAGGAGACCGCCACGCAACUCAUCCCCUCCUCGACGGGACCAGAGCCGUGAACGUUUUAGAGAAAGAGAGAGGGAACGAUUUCGACCACGAGCAGAGAAUAGAGAGCGUUCCAGGGAGAGAAGAACAAGGAGCAGCAGAUCCAGAAGUCCUCGUAGACAAAGUCCUUUCUAUAGGUCUCGUCGCUCACCUUCUCCAGUACGUCGUCGCAGAAGUAGUCGAUCCUUAUCAAGAGAAAGACAAAGGGAGAGGGAGCAGGAGAGGAGGAAUCAAGAGAAGCAGCGUGAACAGGACCGAGAACGAGAGAGAGAGAGAGAACAGAGAAUGAGGGCACCUCCCAAAAAUCCUACUCCUCCACGCCGUUCUGCAUCAUCAUCCUCCUCUUCCAGUUCAUCAUCAUCAUCCUCACCAUCUCCCCAAAGGCCGGUGAGGGAUCUGAAGUCCACAGAUGCAGAUAAAGAGAGAACGAGAGAAAGUGAUGGACGCACAAGUAACAGGCAACCAGAACGAAACGCCAAACAUCCGCCCCCCUCUCCUCCUCGUCGUUCUCCCUUCCGUGAACUUCCCGCACGCUCUAGAUCACCGAAUGGCAACCAGUCACAAAGCAGAGAUCCACCAGGUGACCGAUUGACAGGCCAGUCCCCAUCAUCCACCCAUGAGAGGCAACAAAUCGAAACAAAAGGAAAGAAACCAGUGAAUGGGAAACCAGAGGAGCAGAAGAGCAGGAGAAGCAGCUCAAGUUCUUCCUCGUCAUCUUCCUCAUCAUCUUCCUCGUCUUCAUCUUCAUCCUCUUCUUCCUCAUCCUCAUCAUCAGACAGCUCUGACUCUGAGGAAGAGAAAGGUGGUGACAAAACAAGUAAAAAUAAGGAUUCUGGCAAGACAACAAAACGCAAAGCUGCCUCUUCGUCGUCAUCAUCUUCAGAAAGUGAGCAAGAAAAGAAUAAAAGUCCACCACGGCCCAAAAGGGUGCCAGCAGAUUCACUUAGAGACUCUACGUCACUUAGUUAUUCCCCUCCAGCAAGACAACAAAGAUCUGCACGAUCUCCUCCGCGACGCAUUACAAGCAGAAGGUCAAGAAGCCGAUCUCCAGACACUCGAAGGAGAAAAUAGUAAACACCUUUUUGUUUUGUGGACUUGCAUAUCUGUCUUUCGAUGAACUAGAUCCGAGAGACUCCUGAGGAGAAGAUUAAAUGUGACCUGUUGCAGUGGUGACUGUUCAUCCAGUACUAGCAGCAGAAGGUCUCUCAAAACCUUUAACUCAUCUCAGAGGGGAGGAUUUAUUUUUACUUUUAAUAUGGUGUAAUUAAUGUUUAUGGAGAGACGCUAAACCUCUUAUCACCUACAGCUCUGUGCCAUCAGAUGCUGGACAAUGUUUGUACACACACACGCACACAGAAACAAAAUCACAAAUAUGUCCAGUGCUUUUCUGUCUGCUAUAUUGAUCUGAAUGUCUGUAAUUGGGUGAUCAAAAUGUUUUGUUCCAAUGUAUGUGGACAGAAUCUUUCCCUUUUUGUUUCUUUGUGGAAAAAUCUGAAUAAUAAAAUGGCAGUUCAAUCUUU